AUGUUCAAAAACAGACAUUGGAUAUUCCAACAGGACUCUGCACCAGCUCAUAGGGCACGAAGCACGCAAAACUGGUUGACCGCCCGUGGAAUUGACUUUAUCGGACAUGAAGACUGGCCCUCUUCUAGUCCAGAUUUAAAUCCUCUGGAUUACAAGAUAUGGCAACAUUUGGAGGAGAAAGUCUGCGCUAAACCUCAUCAGAAUUUGGAAUCUCUCAGACCAUCUUUGGCUAAAGCAGCGGCAGAAAUAGAUAUGAAUGUGAUCAUGGCCAACACUGAGGAACACCAAGAUUCUAAUCCUAUCACUAAUCCGUAUUACUAUGCACAGGAUGUGGAUAAAUUUACACUAAAUUAUUACAACCGAAAGGAGCAGCUUCACGAUUUACCACCAAAUAGAAUAGCUAUUAAUGAAGAGCGGCAAUCGAAAUCAAAGAAAUGUUACAGGAAAAGAAACCGUUCUCAAGAAUCAUCAUCAUCAUCAUACAUUCAUAUCAUCUCUGCCUCUGGCGGUGGUUGCUAUUAG